AUUCAAAAUCUUCAAACCCUUUUCCAUGGCGGAUGAGAUUGUUUUGUUGGAUUUCUGGAUCAGCCCUUUUGGGAUGAGGGUCAAGAUCGCUCUAGCGGAGAAAGGCAUCGAGUACGAGUACAAGGACCAGGACUUGAUGAACAAGAGCCCACUCUUGCUGCAGUCCAAUCCAGUUCACAAGAAGAUCCCGGUUCUCAUUCAUAAUGGCAAACCCAUCUGUGAGUCCCUCAUUGCCCUCGAGUACAUUGACGAGGUUUGGAAUGAUAUUACUCCACUGUUACCCUCUGAUCCUUACCUCAGAUUCCAAGCCAGGUUCUGGGCCGACUUUGUUGACAAAAAGUUUGUUGAUUGUGCGACUAAGGUAUGGACAACCAAAGGAGAUGAACAUGAAGCAGCAAAGAAGGGCUUCCUUGAAUCCAUUAAAUUGCUAGUAGGAGAGCUUGGAGACAAGCCUUUCUUUGGGGGUGAGACCCUUGGAUUCGUUGACGUCUCACUAGUGCCUUUCUAUAGCUGGCUUUCCGUGUGUGAAAAGUUUGGCAACUUCAGUGUUGAGGAAGAGAGCCCAGACUUCAUUGCUUGGGCGAAGAGGUGUUUGCAGAAGGAGAGCGUGUCCCGGUCUCUUCCUGACCAGGAUAAGGUCUAUGACUUUGUUGUGCAAUUGAGGAAACUUAAAGGCUUGGAAUAAAAAGAUGGCAUCCGAUCCCAAGGGAGCAUGAAGGGCAAGUGAUCAAUUAGCAAAGAAAAAGCUAUUAGAAUUGUGAUGACAUUGUAACUUGUUAUAGAGAAGAGGGACUUGAAUAUUAUCUUUUAAUUUCAUUUUGAGUACUUAUUG